AUGAAGAUGAAGUACAAAGCUUGUGAACUUUGCAAUCAACAAGCUUCUAUCUAUUGUCCUUCCGAUUCAGCUUUUCUCUGCCGGAACUGUGACCACGCCGUUCACCGUGUUAACUUCCUCGUCGCUCGCCAUCGCCGACAUAUCCUCUGCUUCAAAUGCGAAAGUUUCACCGGAAUUCACGUCACCGCCACCGAACUCCACCGCUUUCCAUCAACUUGCCGCUCUUGCUCACCGGAAAAUCAUUCCGAUGACGCCGAUUCUCAAUGUUCUUCUUCAGAGUCUUGCAUUACGGCACCAAAGAAAACUAAAACUCGAAGGAUGAAGACUUGUUCGAGGUCGACCUCUGUUACCGACGAUGCUUCUCCGAUCGGGAGUAAAAGUGUUGGAUCGGUGGCGGAGGAGCUUUUUGAGAAAUGGAGGAGAGAAUUAGGGUUAGGAUUUGCUGUGGACGGAAAUCGCGUGGCGGUGGAGGCUUUGCGCGUGUGUUUUAGAACGUGGAAGUUAGUUCCGUUGAAAGUGAGUGCUGCGGCGUCGUUCUGGUUGGGGCUGAGAUUGUGUAGGGACAGUUGUUUUGCUACGUUUCAGAAUCUGAUUAGGUUAGAGAAAAUAUCAGGAGUGCCAGCUAAGCUUCUUUUGGCCGCACAUGCUAAACUCACACGUGUCUUCUUGCAGCGGAAAAUUGAAAUUGAAUGGCAAGAAGGAUUUGAUGAGUGCGGAGACUAG